ACGACACCUGGCGGGAGUUGAGCCUAAAGCCCGAUUUGCAGGAAACGAGUCGUCAAAAGGCAUUGGAGACGGCGGACAUAAUCAUACCGGGCCAUGGGCCACCCUUUCGGGUUCUGAACCACAACUCAACCAAUUGACAGAAGAACCACAUGUGUACGGGAGCGUGUUCCAAAGUGGUGGCGGUGCCACUCUACGUCCUGGCGUUGCUGUCCAUCAUCUGCAACAUCGUGCUCUUCUUCCCGGACCUGGAUACCAGCUACGCCGCUGAGGAUCGGGAAGGAAAACCUCGCAUCACCGAGGAGGUGAAAUACAUGGGAGGGGUGAUCGGAGGAGGGAUAAUGGUCCUGGUUCCCGCCAUCCACAUCCACUUGACCAGUGCCGGCAAAUGCUGCGCCAACCGUUGCGGGAUGUUCCUGUCCAUCGGCUUCGCCGCCAUGGGCGUGGUGGGCGCCAUCUACAGCCUUAGCGCGGCCGCCCUGGGUCUAGCUAACGGACCGCUUUGCUUUUGGAGUAAUUCGGAAAAUCCCACUCCGCAAUGGGGUGUCCCCUUCGCAAACAGUAGCGGGAGCUACCUCUCAGAUAAGAACAUGUGGAAAUGGUGUCAACGCCCUGAAGACGUAGUGGAAUUCAACCUGGGCCUCUUCUCCACCUUACUGGUUGCGGCGAGCAUUGAACUGGUCCUCUGUCUAAUUCAAAUGAUCAACGGACUUUUCGGCUGCAUCUGCGGCACCUGUUCUGGAAAAGAGUAAGCGAGGCGAGGCCGACGCUGGGAAAUGAUGCCUUCUUGGCGAUUGACUUGACCAGCAGAGGCUUCAUGUUUCCUACUGAAAAUACUUACCGUAUUCUUUACAUACAUAGGCGGAGAUUGAAGGGAGGUGGGCGAAAAAUGUCAUUGCAUGUAAUUGACUUUCCUAUAAAUGAAUUUAAAGGCGAAGCUUAUUAUUUAUUACAUUUUUGACUGAAGGCUUAAUCUUCGAGUUAGCGGGGAUUAAUUAGUCAAUUUCAACAAAUUCUGUGCCGUUUGUGAGUUAUUUGUUAGUUUCAGGGCUCUGGAGUGGCUAAGCUAGCCCAUACCAAUAAAACACAACAUAUGGAAGCUUGAGACUCACCUACGUUUUCAGGAUAAAGUUAUUAAAACUUACCACUACAUGUUAGUAAUUGUUGUAUAAACAGCAACAUUUGUAAUCCAGCAGCUCUGCAGGGAACAGGGUAGCUACCCUCUUACACAUGAUUGCACACAUUGAUCACAUGAUUUUUCAAAGGGUGCCAAUACUUUCGCCCAGCCCAUUUUUGAAGUUUUGUGUAAAAUAUUAAUGAUUUAAUUUUUUUAUUGCAAGCAAAAUAAAUGA